CCCGAGGUAUCUGCUUCGCAUUCUUGCCUCCAAGACAAAACAGCCGAAGCUCAUUUCUUCUUCAAUCAAAAGAAAUCAAGGAAAAAAAAAAUUGUAGAAGAAAAAAGAAUGGCCUGCUUCGCUCGAUUCUCUCUGCCUGCUCUCCUCUCUCCUCUCGCGCUCAAGAGGUCUCUGUCAUCAAUUCCAGCUUCUUUUUCCUUUUCAAAGCAGCUCAAAUGGUCUCUGGGGACGGAAAGCAGAUGUACUAGGAUUUUGAGAAUCAGGUUGAUGGCGACUGAUGCCAGCCCAGAAGAAUCCGUGUUGAGAUCGGUGCCUGUUCGAGUUGCUCACGAGUUGCUGCAAGCUGGGCAUAGAUAUCUUGAUGUUAGGACUGUGGAUGAGUUCAAUGCGGGUCAUCCCGUGGGGGCUACAAAUAUCCCUUACAUGUUUAAAGUUGGGUCAGGGAUGACCAAGAACCCUAACUUUUUGGCGGAAGUGUCAUCAGCAUUUGACAAGGAUGAUGAAAUAAUUAUUUUCUUUGUAGGGAUGUCAAAGUGGGAAAAGGUCACUGAUGGCUGCAACUGAUCUUUCAUCUACUGGUUUUACUGGAGUCACUGACGUUGCGGGAGGUUUUUCAGCAUGGUUACAAAAUGGACUUCCAGCAGAGCAGUAGCAUUAUUUUGGAAAGCUGAAUAUAGUUUGGACUUCGAUCAACUAUUUAUGCUUUAAUAGAAUGGAUAAUUAGCCAAGGAGGUGAAGGAACAAUUGGAUCCUGUAGGGAAUAAUUAUCUCCAAAUGUUCUGAUGAUUUGAGGGAUAAACUUUUCUUGUGUAUGGUAAUUUCAAAAUUUUCAGUAAUACCUUAGUGCAUUGCAAAUGUUAUGCAUCUUUACACAGGUUCUCGUUAUUCUUGUUUGGAAGAAAUACAAUCUUCACCCAGACAGGUUAAGAAAGUUACUGCCUUCAUACGUAUGUCAUCAAGGAAAGGUAUCCUUCUUCUUUA